CCCAAAAAACCCCGCCUAUCAAAUAAGCGAAUCGUUUUCUCUCUCUAAAGCCACCUCUCUGGUUCUGUUUCUCUCCCUAAAACAAAAAUGGCUACUGGGCUGAUAAGGAGAGGCGUUUCCAUCGCUAGGGUUUCCUCAUCGGCGCCGUUCACCGCUCGAUUCGUUCCGGCUCGGUUUCAUGCCUCCGAAGCCGAAGCACAAAAGGUGGAGCCGAAGGCGACCUCAAGCACCAACCUCAAAACCUUCCAAAUCUACCGUUGGAACCCUGAUAACCCUGCAAAGCCUCAACUUCAAGACUACCAGAUCGAUCUCAAAGAAUGUGGGCCCAUGGUUUUGGAUGCUCUUAUCAAGAUCAAGAACGAGAUCGAUCCGACGUUAACUUUUCGCCGAUCGUGUCGCGAAGGAAUCUGUGGCUCUUGUGCUAUGAACAUCGACGGCUGUAAUGGGCUCGCUUGCUUGACCAAGAUCCCAUCCGGAAAUUCCUCGACGAUUACUCCUUUGCCCCACAUGUAUGUUAUUAAGGAUUUGGUCGUGGAUAUGACUAAUUUCUAUAAUCAAUAUAAGAGUAUUGAGCCUUGGCUUAAGAGAAAGAACCCGCCUCAGGUUCCUGGCAAAGAGAUAUUGCAGAGUAAGAAAGAUAGGGCUAAGCUUGAUGGGAUGUAUGAGUGUAUAUUGUGUGCUUGCUGCAGCACAUCCUGCCCUAGCUAUUGGUGGAAUCCUGAGUCUUACUUGGGUCCAGCUGCUUUGCUCCAUGCUAAUCGGUGGAUUAGUGAUAGCCGUGAUGAAUAUACCAAUGAGCGACUAGAGGCAAUAAAUGAUGAGUUCAAGCUCUACCGCUGCCAUACCAUAUUGAAUUGCGCACGUGCCUGCCCUAAAGGCUUGAACCCUGGAAAGCAGAUCAUGAAUAUCAAACGGCUCGAGCUAGUUGGUGGUGUUUAAGUUUGUAGAUUGAAGAGGCGUGAGGAUGUGCAUCUGACCAGUUAUGUGGGAUUUUUUUGAAGAUCCAUAAACUCUUUUAUAUUUCACUUAAUAAUAUUUUCUGCCAAUUGUAUUGUACAUCCCGUUGUAUUUAAAAUUAGGACUGGAAUGUGUUGCCCUUCUUUCUGAAUAAAUAUUAGAAGAACUUCAACAGGGCAAA